AUGGUAAAUCCAAAUAGAAAGGAUUGGAUUAUAAGAUUAGAUGAUGCUCUAUGGGCGUAUCGCACGGCUUAUAAGACACCUCUUGGUAUAUCACCGUAUCGGUUGGUGUAUGGAAAUCCUUGUCAUUUACCGGUUGAAUUGGAGCAUAAAGCUUGGUGGGCUGUGAAAAAGUGUAACAUGGAGAUGGACAAUGCAGGCCAGCAAAGAAUGCUGAAAUUACAAGAGCUGGAGGAAAUUCAUAAUGAUGCUUAUGAAAGUUCUAAGAUUUACAAAGAAAAGACGAAAGCCUUUCAUGAUCGAAAUAGAAUUGUUCAGAAAACAUUUGAUGUGGGACAGAAAGUAUUCUUGUAUCAUUCUCGUCUCAAACUAUUUCCGGAAAUUUCAAGUCCAUCAACGGGAAAAAUACUCAAGGUAAAUGGCCAAAGAUUGAAGCCUUAUUAUGAGUCUUUCGAGGAGGAACAAGUUACUGUGAUUCACCUCUUCGAUCCAGAAUAUGUUGAUGAGUUUUAA